CGAGGCAUGUCUUUUUCAAAUCCCGAAAUUGGACUCAUUUGUCCCUCCAAACUUUCACAAAACGACAAAAUCAUCCAUCCCCAUCGCACAGAUUUCAGUUGCUGACGUGGCAUUAACCGGCAGAAAAAACAGUUAGCUCCCUCUCAGAACCAAAGAGAGAGAGAGAGAGAGAGACAGAGCCUCUCGCGUGUCAACAUUCUCCAAAAUCUCUUUCAAUCCAAAAAAAUUGAAAUCAAAACCGAAGGCAUUGUCUCUCUCAACAACAAAUCUCCCAAACGGAACCUCUCGUUCAACGAAUUCCCGUUAACGCGGUUUCAACGACCCUAACAUCUUCAAAAAUGGUUCGGAUUUUCGCAUUUUCUGUUAAUUCGUUUCAACGCCGCAGAUUCUGAUUCCUUAUACGCUUUCUCGUCCCACAUUUGCCACGUUGAGGGAGUUUCAGUAAAAAAUUUGAAGAUUCCGGUGGGGUUGGAGGUACACGCGCGUUUCUAGGGUUUGUUUUGAGCUGAAUGUGUUUCGUUGAGGAAAUUUUUUCUGUGUGAUGUGUUUUUCUUAGCUAUGGGGUAGAUGAAAGAGCUUUUAUUAUGAUCAAUUUGCAAGUGGAUUUCUUGUUGCAACUUGAAUGGCUGAUCGUCAGAAAACUGGUCUUGGCGACAGUAGGGAUAUCGAGCAGGCAAUUACAUCUCUUAAGAAAGGUUCAUAUCUGCUAAAGUAUGGACGAAGAGGGAAGCCAAAGUUCUGCCCUUUUAAGCUUUCCAAUGAUGAGUCUCUACUCAUAUGGUACUCUGGCAAGGAAGAAAAACAAAUUAAGCUCAGUACUGUUUCAAAGAUCAUUCCUGGGCAGCGAACUGCAACAUUUCAGCGGUAUCCUCGACCAGAAAAGGAGUAUCAGUCAUUCUCUCUUAUAUACAAUGAUAGGUCCUUGGAUUUGAUCUGCAAAGACAAAGAUGAAGCCGAAAUCUGGUUUGCUGGUCUGAAAGCAUUAAUUACCCGUGGUAACUAUCGCAAGUGGGGAUAUGAAUUAAGACCUGAAAGUCUAUAUUCUGAUAGUCCAAAGUCUGGCACAAGAAAAACGAUUCCAUCAUUUGCACCAUAUGACCCUAGAGAUAUCGACAGAGUUUCUUUUCAAAAUUCUUCGCCAAAUAGAUGGGUAAAGGCUUUCUCUGAAAUAAUUUCAUACACUGCUGUGCCUAGCAAGAGCUCCAGUCAAGCUGAAUCAAUUACCAAUUCCUCUAUGUCCUCUGGAUCCGUAGAUAACUCAAGCAAUAGAAAUUCUGCAUCUGAGGUAGUUCGAGUUAGUUUAUCUAGUGCUGUAAGUUCAUCCAGCCAGGGUUCCUGUCAAGAAGAUUUUGAUGCUUUAGGUGAUGUUUUUAUUUGGGGAGAAGGUAUCUAUGAUGGAAUUCUUGGUGGUGGUCUGCACAGAGUUGGAAACGUAUCUUUUUCAGAGAUGGAUGCAUUCCUUCCCAAGGCAUUGGAAUCAAAAGUGGUUCUAGAUGUUCAUAGUAUUGCUUGUGGCUAUAAACACGCUGUUCUAGUUACCAAACAGGGAGAAACAUUUAGCUGGGGGGAGGAGUCAGGAGGAAGGCUUGGGCACGGUGCCGAAGUGGAUGUUCUUAACCCCAAGCUCAUUGACACUCUUAGUGGCAUGAACAUUGAGUUAGUAGCAUGUGGAGAAUAUCAUACAUGUGCUGUUACUUAUUCUGGGGAUCUUUAUACCUGGGGUGAUGGUACUCACAAUUCUGGGUUACUUGGGCAUGGAAAUGAAGUUAGUCACUGGAUUCCUAAGAAAGUAGGUGGUGCAUUGGAAGGAUUACGUGUAUCAUAUGUGUCCUGCGGUCCUUGGCACACAGCUAUUGUUACAUCAGCUGGGCAGUUGUUUACAUUUGGUGAUGGAACUUUUGCCGCCUUAGGCCAUGGAGAUCAUAGCAGUUCAAGUAUUCCUCGGGAAGUAGAAACUUUGAAAGGGUUGAGAACAACCAGGGUUUCAUGUGGUGUUUGGCACACUGCUGCCGUUGUUGAGGUGAUAGAUGAAUCUGUGGAGUCAUCUACACAGUCAUCUAGUGGAAGACUGUUCACCUGGGGUGAUGGCGAUAAAGGCCAACUUGGAAUUGUUGAUAAGAAACCUAGACUAGUUCCCGUGUGUGUAGUUGCAUUGUCUAACGAAAACAUUUGUCGUGUAGCUUGUGGCCACAGUCUUACAGUUGCAUUGACAACGUCAGGACAUGUGUAUACAAUGGGCAGUACAGCUUACGGACAACUUGGUUGUCCUGCAGCAAGUGGGAUGGUUCCUGCUCGUGUUGAAGAUAAAAUUGCUGGCAGUUUCAUAGAAGAUAUUGCCUGUGGUUCAUAUCAUGUUGCAGUCCUGACUUCCAAGGCAGAGGUUUUCACAUGGGGGAAGGGUUUAAAUGGGCAAUUAGGUCAUGGUGACAACGGUCACAGGAAUAAGCCCACGUUUGUCCAAUUUUUAAAAGAUAAGCAAGUGAAGAGUGUUUUUUGUGGUUCAAACUUUACUGCUGUUGUUUGCCUUCAUAAAUGGAUACCGAGUGUUGAUCAUUCUGCAUGUUCAGGCUGUCGUAAUCAAUUUAAUUUCAGAAGAAAACGUCAUAAUUGUUACAAUUGUGGACUUGUUUUUUGCAAAUCAUGCACCAGCAAGAAAUCUAUUAAGGCUUCCCUCGCUCCAAAUUCCUACAAGACAUAUCGUGUUUGUGAUGACUGUUACUAUAAACUUAAGAAAACCGCUGAAUCAGUAUCCUUGCAAACUCCUAGCUGGAAAAGUGUCAGCUCGCAAGACAGUAAGGCUCCUAAAACACAGGGAACACUAUUAAAACUUUCUUCGUUUGGUUCUAUUGUUCAAUCAGAAAGCAGUCACUCAAAGCUUCCAGAUUCUCUCGAUAACCAUAUUUUUCCAGCUUUGAAUGGAAAAUUACAACUGGGGGGUUUUGGUCUUUCAAAAUCAUCAAAUUCUCUUUCCGGGGAAUCUAGGAAAUACCUGCCUGUUUCUGAGCUUGCUACAAGAAUAUCUUGUCAGUCAACUUCUCCAGUUUCAUCAAAGUCAAGCCCACGACAAUCUUGUGAAGAUAUUAUACAUGAAGAUUUAAAACACAGAAAUGGUAUUCUAAGUCACGAAGUUAUAACUUUAAAAGCACAAGUUGAAGAACUUACUCAGAAGUCAAAGAGUCUCGAGGCUGAACUUGAGAGAACAUCAAAGCAAUUGAAGGAAGUGGCUGAAGUAGCUGCGGAUGAAGCUGGAAAGUGUAAAUCUGCAAAAGAGGUUAUAAAGUCAUUGACAGCUCAGUUGAAGGAAAUGAUGCAAAGACUGCCAGAAGGACAAGAUGCUGACUUACUUACCGAUUCCUAUGUUGAAACUACUAAUAGGAUUAUACAUCAAUCCAUAGAUGAGAGUCAUAUGACAAACAUGAUCACUCCCAAAAGUGAAAGUGGAAGCAAUGCUGAAAAGGUGGUAUUGCCUAAUGGCGCCACAACACAAAGUGGAAAGGCAGAAUGGGUGGUGCAAGAUGAACCAGGUGUUUACGUAAGUUUGUCUUCCCUUCCAGGUGGUGGUAAUGAACUUAAGCGCGUUCGCUUCAGUCGAAGGCAUUUCACAGAAGAAGAAGCUGAAAAGUGGUGGGCUGAAAAUGGUCCCAAAGUAUUGGAGCGGCACAAUGUAGUUGCCUUGUGAAUGCAAGAGAAUCCGUUUACUUGAGUAAAAAGUAAACUGUUUCCUCCCCUCUCUUCCAAAAUUCAGAAGGAUCUUUUGUCCAAAUUAGACAGGUAGGAUACAAAAGUUAUGGGGAAAAAAACAGAGUAAGAAGAAAACUUGUUACUUCCCACAAAAGUUCUAACCCCCACCCCAAAAACGAAGAGGAAUUUCUUGUACUCAUUACUCGCUGAUUAGUUUCGUGGAAUUCAUCAUUCAUUUUGGUCUUUUUUUCAACCCCCUACAACAGUCAUCUAUAUUUAACUUGCAGCUGAGGAUUAUUUUUUGUUCAGUUCUUUUUGCCUAUUGUAUAGCUACUUUCCUUAGGAAGUAAACUCUUAAAGUUCUUUUUGUCAAUAUGUUCAUUCCAUAGCAAGGCACUGCACUGUAGCGUUUAACUGUUGGUUGGUUUCUUUUGAGUUUUGGGUCUCCAACAACAUAGAAUGUACACUCUCUAUAUUCUUCAGCUAAACAGUUACUAUUUGAUAACUAAAACACAAGGAGGAUCAAAACCAUGCAUCUAACUAAAAUGGUGCACUGCUUGUAAGAUAUUUUUUGAGCUUUUUAUCAUGCAGCUUUAGUUUUCAGCCCUUCUGACACUUUUCUUAAGGGUGAAUUCAAACAUUUGUUUAUCAUUUGUCCUUGGAAGGGUUUUGAAAGAGGUUCUCAAUGGCAAAGAAAUGGGUUUAAUAGCUUUAUGUUGUGUUUGAACAUAUAUUUUUAAGGAGGCAAUGUAUUUCUUUGGAGUGUGUGGAUGAGAUAAUUGGAAAAAUUCAUUAGUUAAAUUAUUUUGGUUGGAUAGAGAAAUGAAAUUA